GUGUAAGAACAACAAUUGAGUUUGUCCAGACUACAGACGUUUUUUCAAGGGGUUGCCGCAGAGACGACAACAUGGAUAAUCCAGCCGUUGCGAGCAGCCGCUCUGAGCGCUUUGCAGUUUGCGAAUCUGAAAGGACACGAUCCGUUGAGUGCGCAUCUGCCGAUCCCUGUGCCGAGGAUGCUAGUUCAGUGAAAGAGAGGCGGCAGUGCUGUGCAAUCGUGUUGUUGCGGUCGUAAGAUACGUAUCCGGGUGGGUAACGGAGAGAUCCAUCGAAAUGUAAGCAAUCGGACGACAGUUUGAAUGCUGACACCUAUGAUACUGUCUGGGCCCUGGCAGUUUGUCGCUCUACCCUGCUUCGAAGGACGUACUCUUGUGCGCGUAUCACUGGCAUCGAUCAUACGGUGCUGUUGUGCCCGUACUGGAUUCCGCAGAGCAGUCAGACAUCGCCAUGUGUUAACAUGACUUGUGUAUGUAACUCUUGAGAAGUAGAAAUGAUGAGAGCUACGGCAUCGCUACCGACACCUGCCCGUUGUGCCUGUUAUUACGGAGAAAACGACCGAGGAGAAUAUCUUAGUUACGUCUUUGUUUGAAACUCUUAUUGAUGAGGCUAAUUUUAGAUGAUUUAAUCAUUCCAAAACUUAGUGGGACCUUCUACCAGAUUUUUGCUUUUAGAAUACCAAGUUGUCAGCCUCUGCUUCACCCGUGCUUGAUUGGCCUUCUUACUAGCUUCCUGCAGAUAUUACAGUUUGGAUCAUUUUGCUUUGCAUUUGGCAGGUCUAUCUGUGCCAUCGCGUAGACUCAUGUGCUGUCGCUGUAUUGAGGGAGAGGCUUUGCCGUUUGUUUAUCGAUGUGCAAGUUGCUCUUACCGUUCGGGUCGGGUCUGUUUCCUAGCUGGAAUGUUUUAGUCUGCAUACAAUCCCGCCGCCGUGAACGGUUGCAGGUUUCAUUCUCUAAUAUCUGCAUCUACCGACAUAGCUGGUUUGCUUGUCAAUCGAGUACAACCUUUCUUUCGUCUCGAGAGCACCGAAGUAAGCGCAUGUGUGUGCUGGUCGGUGGUGCGGGUGGCUAUGAAUUACACAAGAGUUGAGUACGUUAGGCCCAGCCGGAACCUUGGGAAACAUACGCGUCUGUUUCUACAAAUUGUCACACUUGUCGUCCAACCAAGGAAUUUUAUGGUGAUAUAUUUUUUCCAACACUCGUCUGGAAAUAGCACAGUCUUGCAUGCCUUCUAAUGCAAUGGCUAUUCCUUCCUAUGCUGCACUGUUUUAGAGCAAGACCUGCGUGCUCAUGCAUAAUAUUAGCAUUUAGUGACGUUCGCUCAAAUUUGGUCGUUUGUGUAGAAAGAGAGUGGUGUUUGAGAGGGCGCUGCAGGGAGGAUGUCCGUAUUUGAAGAGCGCUUUGAGCAAUUACUGAGCUGUAAAGAUUGAUGGCUGGAGUCGGCUGGGGUCGGCUGGAGCUAUUUUAUGCAGCAGGGCUAGAUGAAGAUUGAUAGAUUGGAGUAAUUGUAACUGUAACAACUUUCCAACUAUUUCUAGUUCCUAGGGUUGAGUUUGUUGGACGCACAUGGAACACAUCAAACCCUGUGCAAAUAUUUAGCCAAGCAAAAUGAGCACAAUCACUCAGGACUAGAAAUGACGGUAGAAACGAAUAAUAAAGAUCUAAAGGCAGCAUGAGCACAGACUGUGUGAGAUGGUCUCUGCGACCACCGGAGAGGCAGGUAGAUGAUGACAUUGCGCAGCUCGUUGCUGCUCGAGAUAGUCUUCACGCAUCUUUAGGGAAGUCCCGAGAAGUGAGUUACCUGCUACACGAACGUUUACAAAAUUUCCAAGAACGAUUAUCUCUAAUUAGAAGAAACGCAGCCCCUGCCAAUGAGGAGUCAAAGAGUACCAUGGAACUCUCGCGCAGGAUCGACAAAGCAUCUCAAUCUAUCACGUCUAUUCGGAAACUUUAUAAUGUAUUCCACGACCUGAGGACGAUUAUCAUGGGGGACCUGAGCUUGGACUUAAAUGGUUAUUUGGCGGGAGUUAUGCAGCUAGAGGAAGCUCUGGAUUACUACAGGCACGAGUUCGCUGCCGCUAUAAGUUGCUUACAAGAAGCUGUGAACUUUCUGGAGACAACCUCGACGCAUUCCCUGCGGCUUCGAAAUAUUCUCAGGAAUUUGCAGGCUGAGCAAGCGGGAGAUAAGUUCAAUGGUGAUUUGCUAAUCGUUGCUCAGAAGAAGCUGGAAAAUGAGUUCAGUCGUUUGCUGGCUGAGAAUUGUUUGCCAGUGUCUCUUCCUACUCAAAUGGGACCUCAAACUGAAGAUGCCCCUUUCUCGUCCACUGAACUCGAGUAUUUAUUCGGUUUUCCUUCGGAGGCACUACAAAAGCUGCAAGUUAUUAUAACAAGACUGGCUGGAACCGAGCAUUAUAGUAGAUGUUUGAAAGAGUACCAAGAGCGUCGAAGUGCUCAAUGUCGACAAAGUUUGGAAGCUCUAGAGGUGGAGUACUCGCGGAUUUCUGCUUCUGAACUAAUCGAUAAAGUAACAUGGAUUGAUCUCCAGAACAUAAUUAAAAAAUGGACCCAACAGCUGGAGGUGGUUGUGAAGGUUUUGUAUGCUGGUGAACGACGCCUAGCCCGUCAGGUUUUCAAAGAUAUGGGACAACCAGUGUGGGUGGAGUGCUUAAAUUAUGUGGCCCAGCCUGGAAUGUCUGCAUUUUUCCAAUUUGGAGAGAGUUUUUCAACGACCUCACGAUCUCCUGAGAAGCUUUGCAAUCUGUUGGAAAUGUUGGAAGGCAUGGAAAAAUCUGAGCAUAGCGUUAUUCAGGUGUUUGAUGGCCAGGCUUGCUGUGGUAUUCGAAAGAGAUACCGAGAGCUCUUGAAACAGGUUACUUAUGGAGCAUUCAAGGCAUUUUGGGAUAUGAGCGAAUGGGUGGAGGAACAGAAAGAACCUCAAAUACAUGAUGGUGGCGUGAUGAGACUUUGUAGUUUCGUGGUCAACUAUCUGGACUACCUGGUUCGGGAUUAUCUAGAGCCAAUGAGCAAGGCGCUCAGAUGUCAGAAAAACAGGCAGGGUGAUGGGGGACCACCAGAGACGAGCUUGGCUCAAGGCAUUUUGCUGAUUUUCCAAGCUCUAGGACGGCAGAUAGAGGCACGGGCCAAGGAGGUGCCAGAUCCUGCCCUUCGACACAUUUUUAUGAUGAAUAAUCUGCAAUAUAUUUACACUCGCGUGGAGAAAAACCGCCUCAAAGACUUCCUUGACGCGUCCUGGAUUUAUGGCAUUGGCCGCAAGGUCGACAAUCACACUCUUAAGUACCAAAAUGACUUCUGUCAAAAGAUCGUUAUCCAUCUUAACCAUGAAGGUCUCGGAGGGUCUUCGAUUGGCAAAUCAUCAGUUCGCUCAAUAGUUCGACAAAAUUUGAGAGCAUUUUCUUCUGCUUUUGAUGACAUUAUCCGGACACAAGGUAAUUGGGUGAUCCAACAUGAAAGUUUGAGGGAUUCGACACGGUCGUACAUUACACGCAAAAUUCUGUCUGUAUACAGAAGCUACCUGGAGAACUAUGGGCACUUAUUAGGACAUUUCUACUCGUCGAAUAAGUUUGUGAAAUACACUCCAGAGAUGGUGGAACAAUUGUUGGAUGGUGUAUUCGUUCCGAAGAGACGGAGCAGCAGCACCCUUUCACUGUCAAAUGAUUCGUGAUUAUCAAAGUUGUGUGAGCACUACAUCUUUGUGAUGGUUAUUUAUCAUUCGCCCUGCCAAGUGCAGAGCGUCUUGUACAUAGUGCAAGCUGAGAUUCGAUAUGAAGCUCAUCAUAGUUCUUGACUCACUUGUAGCAAUGUUGAUUUAUUCAUUUUAAACUAUUUCAGCAUUUGUAAGACCUCAAGUCAAUGCUCUCUACAGUGAAGCUCGACAUGGCUGUGGAUUUGCAGCGUUUCAUUGUUGCGCACUCAGACGUUUCCACUAUAUUAAUUUGAAGAACGGGCCACAACUAUGACUGGAAAUUAUCUUUUUGAGAGUCCUCUAUGUUGAGAGGACUCUAAUUUAACGUAGCAGUGGUCUUUCCCCGAGUGAUGUUUUGGAACCAUUAGUUGAACUGCUUGUGGCAGGAGGUGCCACCAAUGCAGAUUGGAUGCUUACCUCUGCUGUGGGUAAGUUUCAAGUUUACCUUUUGGUUGAAUUCAUUUUUAGUUUAGAAAAUUUCCUUGCCUGUAUACAUGUACUGGACCGAAGUGAUUCCUUAGCAGGCAAUGGAAUUAUUUGAGGGCCAGGUGAUAAAAGAUUCUGUACUCCAUUAAUGUGCAUUCACAUGUGUGUGCCCUCACAUACAGCGAUGGAUAAUCAUUGUGUAUGUGUGAGUGAAUAACGUAUAAGUAAAGGACAUUUUAGAAACCAUUGUAUACUAGAGAAAAUUAGUUACAAAAACCUAUGUAAAUUGUUUGGAAGUAGUCCUCAUUAAAAUAUGGUUCAAUAUUUUGUAUUGAAAAUUCAAA